CACUUGGGCCUCUGCCUCUCUCUCUCUCUCUCUCUCUCUCUCAUGGCGGCGGCAGCGUCGGCGUCGACGCCGCAGGGGGUGGCGGAGCGCCGGGGCAUCCCGGCGGCGGCCUUCGUCGAGGACGUCGAGGCCUACCUCCGCCAGGCCGGACUCGACGUCAACUCCGCCCUCGCCUUCCUCCAGGAAAGGCUGCAGCAAUACAAAAUAGUGGAGAUGAAGCUUCUAGCACAACAAAGGGAUCUUCAGGCUAAAAUUCCUGAUAUAGAGAAGUGCCUGGAUAUUGUUGCAGCGUUACAAGCUAAAAAGGCUUUGGGUGAGGCACUCAUUGCUGAUUUUGAAUUAUCUGAGGGGAUCUACUCCCGUGCAAAAAUUGAGGAUACCGACUCAGUGUGCCUUUGGUUGGGAGCAAAUGUGAUGCUGGAAUACUCCUGCGAUGAGGCCAACGCCCUCUUGAAAAAGAACUUGGAAAACGCCAAGGCCAGCUUAGAAAUCCUUGUUGCUGAUCUUCAGUUCUUGCGAGACCAACAAACCAUCACUCAGGUUACAAUUGCUCGGGUAUUCAACUGGGAUGUGCACCAACGGAGAAGCAAGCAGGCUGUAAAAGAAACUUGAUCAGUUGUUUCACAAGUCCAGCCAGUAAGAUAGGGGCAUUUUUUUUGUACCUUUUGCUACCUCUGUCAGAUUAGUCCAUCAUAGCUUGCCCUUUGUUGUUGAUGGUUCCUUUGCCGUGUAACAUUGUAUCGAUUUAUUCUGUUUUGUGGUGUGGGAACUCCAUUACUAGAAGAUGAUACUUUAUUGCAUGCCCUUGUUCUGGCUUGGCAGAUCACGUUUGAGAAAGUAAUUUACCAUUCGCCAGGGUUCACAAAGCCUUGCAAAAUGACAUUA